UAGCUCGUAGCUCGUUAGGCACGAACAACAUGUCGUUUGAGAACUGGUGAGCAGUUGAUUAGGUUUUCAAUUUUCAUCCAGGGAGAAUCGUCCCGCCUCCCUCGUAAAAUGGCAAUUCGAUUGAAUUGACGGUACAUUCAGCAGUAAGAUUUCUCCGUAGUUCUUCAUUUUCUGUGUCAAUUGUGAGAAGAAAAUGGACAUAGCUCUGUUUUCGCCGUCGUCACUUUUCCCCGACGACGAUGACGAAUCUUCUAUUGAUGCGGGGACUUCAGACACGCUGCAGAGCUAUGAGGAAAGGAAGCAUCAAUUUCCUGGAAUGGAGUUGGUUAUUCGAGAGUUUUCAUUUCAUCAGCUGAAUGCGAAUUUGCUCUGGCCGGGGACCUUUGCAUUUGCAGAAUGGUUGGUUCAAAACUCAUCUUGGAUCCAAGGACAAAGAUGUAUUGAAUUGGGAAGUGGCACUGGUUCAUUGGCAAUCUUUCUACGAAAAUCAUUUGAUCUUGAUAUCACAACAUCAGAUUAUGAUGAUCAGGAAAUUGAAGAGAACAUCGCCUAUAAUUGCAGGGUGAAUGGAAUCACACCUGCCCUUCCUCACGUUAAGCAUACAUGGGGAGAGAACUUUCCAAUUAGUGAUCCUGACUGGGACCUUGUCAUUGCCAGCGAUAUUUUACUGUAUGUGAAACAAUAUCCAAACUUGAUAAAAACGCUAUCAUAUCUUCUCAAGCGAAAAUACAACAAAACAGAUUCUCUGUCUGCCAUUGGAAGUGAUGAGGCUGCAGGUGCAACCAUGGCUCAGCCAAUGUUUCUAAUGAGCUGGAGGCGCAGAAUUGGAAAGGAGGAUGAAUUGCUCUUCUUCACUGGGUGCGAAAAUGCAGGCCUUGAAGUAAAACAUUUGGGGUCCCGCGUCUAUUGCAUCAAAUCAAUGGAGUAAAAUUUUUAUACAAGUUAGUAAAUUACAUAUGUUCGAAAUACUUAAAAAGUGCUUUUCAGGUGUAAAAAGAUGCCUUUUCUGAAAAGUUUAGGUCAGUUGUGUAACUGUUUUUUAUUCUUAUUUUUGAAAAUUAAGUCUAUAGACACUAUUAUUUCCUCUAAA